UUCACUGACUUGUGUGCACCACUGAAAUCUGUCCGGCGGAAGUUGCGCUUACGGCCCUGUCGCAAAAGCAAUGGCGAGCGGUAUCGGCAAACACAAGAUACUGAAUGUGGGUCCUACUGAGCCCUGGUCAGUCAGGGAGAAACUGUGCCUGGCCUCCUCUGUUAUGAGGAGUGGAGACCAAAACUGGGUGUCAGUAAGUAGAGCCAUCAAGCCUUUCUCAGAGUCUGGUCGUCCGCCUGACUGGUUCUCACAAAAGCACUGUGCCUCACAAUAUUCUGAACUGCUGGAAGCCACAGAAGCACCAAAGCGUAAGCGCGGUGAGAAGGGCGAAGUGGUUGAAACCAUUGAAGAUGUCAUCGUUCGUAGGUUGACCACAGAGAGGAUAGAGGAGCUGAAAAAACUACUGCGAGACACACAAGAGCAGUACAGGAAGCUGAAGAAGGAGGUUGACCUGAUCCAGACGGGUCACAUGGACUCUCAGCUGAAGGAGCUGUGGGCAGAGAUCACACUAAAGAAGAAGCAGGAUGAGGACGAAGCAGAACAGAAGAGGAAAGCCACAGAAGCAGCGUAUCAAGCUCGCCAGGCUGUAAAAAACACACCGAAACGUCUUCCCAGUGUAACUGUACGUUCUCCCGUGGGUGCCAGCUCCCCGACCAUGGACUCUCAGGCCGAAUCUUCGGUCCCUACACCACCCAUGGAUACGGGAGGUGUUGCCUCUGAUGACACCACCACCCACUCAGUUACCCAGGGGGUUGGGGUUUUUCUACCGGCAGCCGAUCCUCCGGGACCUGGGCCCAAAGACGGGGGACUGGCUGCACUCGUAGAUGACUCGCCACAGAAAAGGCUCCUGGCCCAGAAAGCCACACCGCCGCCCUCACCUCUUCUAUCAGAGCUGCUGAAAAAAGGAAACCUCAUCUCAGCCAGCCCACGUCUGGUUGCAGAGGGAGAUUCUGCUGGAAGUCUAACCAAUGGAGUACAGACGGCCACAGCAGCUACCGCCCUACCGCCUGGUCACGAGGUCAUUACAGAAGUUGAAGCAGAAGCCGCAGUGAAGGCUGAGCUGGGUGAGGAGACGGGGUUAGUGGAAGAAGACCUCGUGGCCGUGUCUUACAUGGGGGACGAACUGGACCUGGAGACAGUGGGAGACAUUAUUGCCAUCAUAGAGGAAAAGGUCGAUGACUCUGCGGAGGCUUUGGAUGCAGCCGCAGUGGAAGCAGCUCUCUCCCUCUGUGAAGAAGCCGUGUCAGAAGGUCACACCCUCCCCACGCCCUGGGAGACCCAAGAACUGAAGGCGUCAGACCCCACGCCUGCAGUCCAAGACCCGGAUCCCCCGCAGGAACCCGAGGACGCGGCCACGAUGUCGGCCCCGUCCUCCGCCGGCCUGGAGACGCAAAGCCAAGCAGACGCUAAAAGAGAAGAACAGCUGAAGGGAAACUGCGAAGGACCCGAGGUGACGGGAAGCGACGUCACAUCUUCCGUCGCCUCUGACGACGGCGCCACGGGAAGUGAGGUCACAGAAGAGGGGACGGCAGCGAAGGAGGCUACUGAAGCUACAGUGAAGAGUGAAGGAGAGGAGUGGAGCCAGCCUGAACCCAACCCACCUUGUUUAGACUCAGAGGAUAGUUCUGUGUCUGGGAAAGAGUCCAAGGAGGUGAAAGAGGAGGAGGCAGGGAGUGAGGGAGACCCUGAAGAAGGGAUGGAGAUAAAGGAGGAGUGCGGGGAAGGGGAGGGUCCUUAUCUGUCGGAGGUGGAGCGAGCGGCCAGCGAGAGUGAAGAUGGCUACGGCCCGGCUUCCCAACGCUACACCGCUGAUUCACUGGCCAGCAGCCCGGCCUCGUCCUCCCAGCUCUCUACAUGUGGUGAGGACCAGGAGGCAGUGCAGGCACAGAAGAUCUGGAAGAAAGCCAUCAUGUUGGUGUGGAGAGCUGCAGCCAAUCACAGGUACGCCAGCGUCUUCCUGCAGCCUGUGUCGGAUGACAUCGCCCCCGGUUACCACAGCAUUGUACACAGACCCAUGGACCUGUCGGCGAUAAAGAAGAACAUCGAGUCCGGCGUGAUCCGCACCACCGCCGAGUUCCAGCGCGACAUCAUGCUGAUGUUUCAGAACGCCGUCAUGUACAACUCGUCGGACCACGACGUGUACCACAUGGCGCUGGAGAUGCAGCGCGACGUCCUGGAGCACGUCCAGCAGUUCCUGGCCACACAGCUCAUCAUGCAGACCUCAGAGAGCGCCAUCUCCGCCAAGAGCCUCCGCGGCAGGGAGGGAAACCGUAAGCCAGGAGAGCCGGCUGAGAAGGACAGUGUCCCAAUGGCCUCUCCUGCUUUCCUUCUCUCUCUCUUUGAUGGAGGCACCAGGGGCCGGCGUAGCGCCAUGGAGGCCGACCUCAAAAUGAAGAAGUAGACUCAGACCACAGAGACUCUUAGAGAGACGUAGAGACACUUUGGGAAUAAAAGUGGAGCUGACUAUUUACCGGUCACUUUGGUUGUCUUGUGGAGAGGGCGGCCGUGCAGUCUGUGUGUGUGUGUGCGCCUGGUUUGUGUGUGUAUGCGUGACUACACACUUGUUUCGUCUGUACUUUGGCGCAGGUGAAGUUACAUGUGAAUGCGUGCGUCUCCGAGAGAGCUGCAGUUUCCUCUCCUAUCAUUCAUUCAUAACGUUGGUUAAUGUGCAGCGCCGUGAGGUUUCACUCAAAUCAAGCCAGCGCAAUAAUUUCACCCCCAAAAGUCUCAUUAAAAACCAGUGGAGCCAGUUUAGGUCGUCGUUACAAACAGAGACCGAGGAGAGAGAGAGGAACGUUUUAACCGGCUUCGAAUGACGAGGGGUAGAUUUGAUCGUGUUGAAUUGUGGAUAGGGUUAAUUAUAGUAGUUAUGUCUGCAGUGUAUCCAGCCCAUAUAUGCUAAAGUGACGCUAGACGGCCUCAUAAAAAAAAAAAAAAAAAAGAGGAUGACGUGCAGCUCUAUGAAUUCAAAACUAGUCUUACUAGUACUGCAUGUCGGGCUGAAAUCAUACAGAAACCAAGACACGUAUCAGUUCGAUCGCAGCUGAAGUGUCAUAACAUUCACAGGUAAUGUGACAUUGAUAUUUUAAAAUUAUCAUUUCCGCCUUUGUCAUGAAUGAAACAAUGAAAUAUUUCUCCGAACUUGUGGUUUAUGUCUUUUUUAUGUGUGUUCGGGGACAUACUGCUUCAAAACCGGCUCCAACCGGCUGGACGACCGACACCACCGCAUGUUUUAGCCCAUUUAAAUUUACAUCUACGUCACAUUCCUAAUUAUGCUCUGACGAAGCGCGAGGCUUUAAAUGAAUAACUGAAGAUCAUAUGGUAUAAAAAUUUCUCUUUAAAAUCAAUCACACUAACGACAGUAUGUGUUCAGGUGUCAGUGUAUCUGUCCUUGAAAAGCUCCCAGAAGCAGACUACCAGCAAUACAUAUAUAUUUUUUUCUUUUUUUCCAAAACAGUCCUUGCCCCGGAGCAUCUGUACCGUGUAGUGAUAAUAUAACUUUUACGAGUUACCUUGACCUCACGUAAAUGACGGCCCUUUGUAUGCUGUAGGGAAAUAAAUCGAGGCUGGAGACUGAUCUCGAUGCGCGUUUCGAAAUGGCAAACAUGUAAAGUCGGUGCCGGUUAAUGGGCUCAAACUGUUUCGACUCAACCAUACUCGUCACUUAGGAUGUAGCCUGUGUUUGCUAUGUAAAUAGCAUAAGAAUUGUGUUUGUAAUGUGCGUUAGGUGGGGGUACAAGAUCCCUUUUUUUUUUGUACCGGAGAUGGGUCAUGUAGUUUUGUGCGUGGGUAGAUACAUGUAUCAUGUUUUCUGUUGUAAAUUUGUUAAAUAAAGAUUUGAUCUAAACAGAG